GCUACCUGCACAUAGCAGGUUGGAAACAACAUGGCUACCUGGACAAAGCGGGCGCGAAGAAGCAUAUCUGCCUGCUCACGUCAGACAACGCUGCACUGCGUUCACUGGGCGUUCGACAGCCGCAUUCCGCUGCUCCUCAGACUCGGCUGGAUCAUCGCCAUCCUCUCCGCCUGGUCCUACAUGUUCUACCUCACCUACAAACGCGUCACGUACCUAUCCAGCCAGCCGAUGAAAACGAUCAUUGAUGAGCAGUUCUCGGCACGCGGACUCGAGUUUCCCGGAGUAACUAUUUGUAACAACAACCUAGUCAAGCGGUCCGCGGCCCGCCAGCUGAAGGAAUACGCAGAGCUGGAGCGCUUCCUUAGUGACUACGCCGACUUCACGUGGCGGUACGGUGCGCGGGCCGCCGUUAACUUCUCCACGUCCGGGUACAAGCUGGCUCACGUGACGCCUAAUGACCUGUAUAGACUCGGCCGCCGCGACAGCGCCGCGGCGAUCCUGCGAUGUUCAUACGGCGGAGAGAAUUACCGCAACCAUCUGCAGCUCAUGACGCGCAGCCACGGCAACUGCUUCACGUUUAACUCACAGGAAUUUAAGCUGAGUCACGAUACGAUAGAUCCAGGGUGCCCCGGAUGACUGCAUCGUCG